AUGACCGCUUUGAGCUUCUCCGUCGACGGGCCAUCGUAUUUUUCACGUAUAUCAUCGAGAAUCGCAUUCCACUCCUGUAGUGACGUCCAUUCCAACCGGUGGAAUUCUUUUAACAGUUGGAGAUGUGUACGAAGUACGUCUUUAGUUAUGUGAUGGACAUUUGAUGAACAGAACUCUGGGAAAAGUGGCUCUUGUGGUUGUUCAGUCUGAGUGGCAUCAUUGACCCGAUGCUUGCUAGGUUUACCAAGUGAAGAAGGUGUAUGUUCACUUGAAGACCUCCGAGUCGCUGUGGCUGAUUUUCUCGAACUCUUUUCACUGGACUGCUGUCUUCUUUCAUAACUCUUCUUGGCCGGCUCCCGGGUAGGCGUUGACGAAGACGAAUGGCUAGAACGUGUUUUAGGGCUAACCGACCUCCUUCUUUGCAUUGAAACCGGUGCUGCGACCCUUUUCGGCUCGAUUGUAGGCUCUGAUGAACUCCCAGAACUUCUUGAAGGGCUUCUCAUUUGCGGUUUUGCAUGUGAGAUGUCUGCACGGUCUUGGCUCACCUUAUCACUAAUGGAAUCAGCCUCGAAAACAUUUUUCUCCGUGGAAACAGAGUCGAAGUCAGAGUCGUAGUCUCUCAGCGUUGAUGAUCCCGAGCUUGGGUCCACCUCCAGAUCUUUGGUAGCGGAAAUCUUAGAGGCUAUCGAUCUAUCUGAAGACUUCGAUGAAGACUUCGAUUUGUUGCUGAUGAUUGUGGAAGAAGAGGAGGUUGUGGAAGAGCUAGACGAAGACGAGGACGAAGACGACGAGGCAGAAGGCGCCUUCGCUGCAAGGCUAGGUUCAGAAGAAGAUGAGCUGCGACUACUUGUGCUUCGGGACGAACUCGUAAUAGAAGAGUUCCCGGACGACUUUGAUGAUUCUUUGAAACGAACUGAUUUCGGCUUAGGUAGAUCUUCAUCAAAAUCAAUCGACUCUAUAUCACUGCCACUUUCGACCGCUGCACGAAAAGGGCUUUUUGUUUUGAAGUCGUUCCGCCUGGGAACGACCAGCUGA